AACUGCACUUUACACACAAAGUUUGUCUGUCUUUGGAGGCCAUGAAUCAAUUAAGCCGGCUCUGACAGAAGACGGACAGACGAGGUCCAUGCAGCUAUUUCGUGCGAGUACUCCGUACACGACAUGUGCAAACAUGCUCUUGGCGUUUGCUGCGAUCUUACGGAGUAGAUACCUACCUAUACGAGAUGGAGAAAUUGGUAGCACAGCAUUCCAGCAGCAGCUACCGAAUGCCCAGCCCUCUCAGCCGUUUCAGCACUUUCGAGACUACCCGUCCCGUCGAAUAACGAUGGCUUGGACAGGGGAACGAGGUCAGUUGGGACUCGAGUCAAGCUGCCCUUCUACCUAGUACUAGACUCUAGCUAGCAUCAGGCACCAAGCAGGCAGACAGACAUAUCAAAUGAGGGCGAGGGGCUAGGUAUGUAUGUAUGUAUGGAAGGGUUCUUUCUUUUGCCUUGGCGGCAAGCGUUGAACGACACGGCAAACCGGGGCCGUC